AUGAUUGUCACGAGUCAUGUGACAAAAUGUCACGCCAAAGUAUUUUGGAGGUUAAGCAGGGUGAGAUGGGAAUAAGAAAACAAAACAACAGGUUUUUCAAUAAAACUAUUUUAAUAUUAAAAAAUUCCUUAAAUGACAAGCGGAACAUGUACUCUUCCCCAGUGGACAGCGCCCAGCACAUCAUAAACAGGAAAAAACAAGCAUUCGUGAAGUUCUCACAAAUCAGUCAACAUGGCUACCGUUUCUAUAUCCUUGGGUGUCAAAUGCUCGUAGCCAAAGGUGAUACCCCUCUAUCCCUAUGUUUGAUUGGUUGUGGCUGUGGUCACGUGAAUUCUUUGACCGAUGAGAAGGCAGGAUUUCACCCGUGGACCAAAAAAUGGCCGACUUGAAAUUUUGGUUACGUUACAAAAUCACGCAACGCUCCUGGUAGUGGUCACGGUACGGAAAAUCACGAAAGAGUGUCACGCAAAGCCAUUUUAACAAAUGUAAAUUAUUAUCGUCACAGACCAAGAAGGAGUGGCUUUCCAUUCAGACGAUAAAACGAACACAGAGACAUCGGGCGUUCUUGACAAACGUUCGAGAGGAUAUGUUGCAACAUGCCAACUGUGAUCAGAUCAAUGCCGCGAGUGAGUUUGUGUUAAAUUUACUUCGAGUACCUUUGUCACCUCCAACCGCAGCUAGAUUAAAACAUCACAAACAAAUCUUGCGAGAAUUGGCUAAGCGAAGAAAUUCAUUAGAACGACGCAAACAAGGUGCUGGCUUCCGGAGAGGAUUGAACAAAGCAUUUUGCAACUGUCUCCGUUAG